ACCUUGACCCCUGACCUCUUGCUCUGUCUGUCUUUCAGUGACUUCCUGAUUCUGCCGGGCUUCAUUGAUUUUGCCUCAGACGAUGUGGACCUGACCUCUGCCCUGACCAGGAAGAUCACCCUGAAGACGCCUCUCAUCUCCUCCCCGAUGGACACAGUCACAGAGUCAUCGAUGGCCAUCGCCAUGGCGCUCAUGGGAGGCAUCGGCCUCAUCCAUCACAACUGCACCCCUGAAUUCCAAGCCAACGAGGUCCGCAAGGUUAAGAGGUUUGAGCAGGGCUUCAUCACAGACCCUCUUGUAAUGAGCCCCCGUCACACGGUGGGGGACGUGUUCGAGGCCAAGACUCGCCACGGCUUCUCUGGCUUCCCCGUCACCGAGACUGGCAAGAUGGGCAGCAAGCUGGUGGGCAUCAUCACCUCCAGAGACAUCGACUUCCUCUCCGAGAAGGACCACAGCCGACCACUGGAGGAGGCCAUGACUAAGAGGGAGGAGCUAGUGGUGGCCCCAGCCGGUGUCACGCUGAAAGAGGCUAACGACAUUCUACAGCGGAGCAAAAAAGGCAAGCUGCCCAUCGUGAACGACAGUGAUGAGCUGGUGUCCAUCAUCGCCAGGACAGACUUGAAGAAGAACAGGGACUACCCCCUGGCCUCCAAAGACUCUCGCAAACAGCUGCUGUGCGGAGCCGCCAUCGGCACCAGGGACGACGACAAGUACAGACUGGACCUACUGAUGCAGGCUGGGGUCGACGUGGUCGUACUGGAUUCCUCACAAGGCAACUCUGUGUAUCAGGUCAACAUGAUCAACUACAUCAAACAGAAGUACAGCGAGCUGCAGGUGGUGGGAGGGAACGUGGUGACGGCAGCCCAGGCCAAGAACCUGAUUGAUGCAGGAGUGGACGCUCUGAGAGUGGGCAUGGGCUGUGGCUCCAUCUGUAUCACCCAGGAAGUGAUGGCGUGCGGGCGGCCUCAGGGCACCUCGGUGUAUAAGGUGGCAGAGUAUGCUCGACGUUUCGGUGUGCCAGUCAUCGCAGACGGCGGCAUUCAGACCGUGGGCCACGUGGUCAAGGCUCUCUCACUCGGGGCAUCCACAGUGAUGAUGGGCUCGUUGCUAGCGGCGACCACGGAGGCUCCGGGGGAGUACUUCUUCUCGGACGGUGUGCGGCUGAAGAAGUACCGCGGGAUGGGCUCUCUGGACGCCAUGGAGAAGAGCACCAGCAGCCAGAAACGCUACUUCAGGUAGGGAGGACAUCACACACUAGAGCUGCAGCCCAAAUCACAUCCUAUUCCCUGGCCUGUAUAGUGCACUACUUCUGACCAGGGGCCAUAGGGAAUAGGGUGCCAUUUGGGACUAACUCUUGAUCAGACACUACUAGAAUUCAUAGGAGGGUUGGAAUGAAGACCAGGUAAACAAAGUUGUUGCACAUCAACAGUUGCUGUUAAUCGCUGUUGAAUGUAAUUGAUAUUUUAUGUCUGAUUAUAUACAUGUAUUUAUUGGUUUGUCCUUCAUUCAGACGGUUCACAUUGUGAUACAAUAUAUGACAAAUGUCAUUUUCUCAAAACAAAUGAUGCCAGUUUAAGCUGCUCUCUGUGCUCUCAUUAGAGAAUUU